GAGCAUUGCUGCCGCUCGGCGAUCGUCUGCUAUCUGGGGUUCUGCAAUUUGGGGAUCGACAAAAUUGUCUGCAAUGUGGGAUCGGCAAAAGUCGAGCCGGGAGGAGGAGGAGGUGGUUAGGCUUUUAUCUUCUCUUUUCAUCCGUCAAGAGCAAGUGAUUUAAAUUUCCAGAAGAAUGGUUUCCAGCAUUGGUAGGAACAGGGCCUUGCCUCCAUCCACUGCCUACCAAAUGUGCAAAAUGAGAAUGCAUCUUCCGCAAGAGCAUGGAAAGCUGCGCCGCCAUAUGUUUUGUCUUUUGUGCGCGUCUUGUGUAGUGGAGUGAGGCCCAUGAUGGUUGUUUGCUUGCAAGUGCACUGAGUGAAGAACGACAAAUUUCGCAAGUUCGUAUGUAGCAUGAGAGGAGGUAGGUGUAUAGCACUGUAUAGUAUACAUUUCUGCAUCAGAUUCUUCCCAAGGAGUAUGUGGCCUUAAGGAAUAGGCAAUGAUUGUAGCAGUAAGUAAGGUUGUUUCAUGUGUAACUGGUAUCUGGUCUUUGCCUGAGACCAGAUUCCUGCUAGGUAAAAAAUGAUUACGUUGAAAAAUCGCAGCAGUCUAGAAAAUUUUCAUGGCUGUCAGUUCCAAGCCACAAGCCUGCAAUCAGUACCGGUAUCUGGUCGUUGCCGUAGGUAAAAAUUGAUUACGUUGAAAAAUCGCAGCAGUAUAGAAAAUUUUCAUGGCUGUCAGUAACAAGCCACAAGCCUGCAAUCAGUACCAGUAUCUGGUCGUUGCCUGAGACCGCAAUCAUGGGAGGGCUUCUCCGACCCCAAUCAGGCAAUAUUUGUAUCUGGUCUGUGGGUACGACUGCAUGUGAGGGGCUUCUCAGCUUUCUUCUCCUAGUUCAGGUACGAGUCUUUUUAGCUCUCCCGGCAGGAAGGAGGGUUUAAAUGCGAGCAACUCGUAGGUGAGGGAGGUGAUACUGCCCACCACUCCCGUUGACGGCCCACAUGUUUAUAAGCGGUGUAAAUGGGAGCAACCUGCAGGCCACAGAUUUUGCAGGCGAGACGGGCAACCGAGGAGAGUGGGCUGUCAAUGUUUGUGGCCAGUGUACAGAACUGCCAGCUGGUUAUCCCUACGUCUCUGUUUGUGGAUCCCUGUUUCUCUUCUGUGUUGCCUUGGCAAGCCCUGUGUGUGCAUGCAUGUCUGCAUGUGUGUGUGUGUGCGUGCAUGUCUGCAUGUGUGUGUGUGUGUGUGUGUGUGUGUGUGUGUGUGUGUGUGUGUGUGUNGUGUGUGUGUGUGUGUGUGUGUGUGUGUGUGUGUGUGUGUGUGAGAGAGAGAGAGAGAGAGAGAGAGAGAGAGAGAGAGAGAGAGAGAGAGUGCGUGCGCGUUUAGAUGUUGAUAAGCAGUGAAGUUGUGGCAUGUGUAUAACUGGCGAAAGGUUGUUGGAAGUGCGAUUUGUCGUCGUGCAUGUCUUGGUAGUGUCAAGAAUUGGUGCCUGAUGAGUGGGGUGAAUGUGGAGAUUGAAUGAUUAUGGAGUUGGAUAGAGAGGAAUGUGUGCAUAUCUCAUGCUCUGAAGCCAGAUCGGGGGGAAGGAGGGUGAUAUCGCUGGGGGGAAGAGGAGGGAGGGGGGGGGGAGGAUGCGGAAGACUUGUUGCAAGCGAUCAAAUUGCAGAGAUAUCUUCCUGGGAUUCUAUUCUGCUGGGCGGGCUAGAUUUUGCGGACCGACAAGCAAAAAAUGCAUGGGCGACGGUCUGCGUGUGGAUGCCAGUUUCCAUUUGUGUGUGCUUUGUAGUCACUUACGUAGCCUUCUUCUUCAUGAGGAAUGCAGAUCAGGGCACUGCAGCAGCAGCGUUGCCGUCGGCACACGACGCGCUGACGAACUAUGUGCUGACGAACUUUGGGCUACCUGCAGGUCUGCUUCCACUCACGGUGAAGGAUUAUAAUGUGCAGUCGAGCUGCCAUUUCGUGGCUCAUCGCGACCGCCGCCAUUGCUGUGACAAGCUUACGGGCGAUACGCACCAUUUACGGUGCUCGAAAGAGACCUGGGGUGCUUCAGAAACAUCGCGCCUUGUCUGAAAAAUCGGCAAAAUAUGCUGCUGGGUGGGUUAUAUUUUGCUGUGCUUGUGGUCUUGCUUGCUGCUGUACACUGUGCAGCUAGUUUUGCCAGGCUGCUUGCUCACUUCGUUGGCCGGUUGAUCGAUCGACUGGUCGAAAGACAAAAGGAGAGGAGAACAUAUGCAAUGAAGUGAUAGGUAGGAUGCAGAGGGAAAGAAGACCGGACAAAUGCGUGGCUAGAAUAUUGGUACAUAGACUCUAUGGAGUGAUUUAACAGGUAGAAUGGUAGAUGGUGUCCUUCGGGACGUCCUUUAGGAUUUGGGAUUGGAACGAUACAGAGAACAUGAGCAUGGCCCCUGCUAAGGAUGGCACACAGAGAUUGAGAAAUGCUUUAGAAUGUUAGAAGGAUAGAUCGGUAUGUAGACACAAUAGUACCCGAACGAGGUUCGUUGCUAGUUAGGUGCUCGCUUUUGAUUAUCAGCUCGAAGCAUUGGAGUCUUGUGGCGGUCUGUCAAAAGCGAAACUGAUGUGAACAGUCUCGGGUUCUUUCUUGUGCAUGCAAUA